AUGAAAUCUGCAGCCAUUCAGAUUCGGGAUGACCUCUCUAUUGGCAACAUUCGAAAGGACCUUGCACGCCUCUCAAGCCUUGACAGUCGCGUAACGGGCUAUCCCCAAGCUGCAAGUGGCAGCAAAUACAUUUUUGACCGUUUGGUCGAAAUCGGCUUGCAAAACGUGGAAAGCCGCGAGUUUUCCGUCACUGUGCCGAUCGACCACGGUGAUAGUGUCAUUGAAGUACUCUCCCCGGAAGCCAACCUACUACACGCCUUUAAACUCACCCCACUCUGGCCCAAUCUUGUGCGGACCUCCCUGUUAGCAGACGGCAUUAAACACAUUGUGUUAGCAGGAGAAACACUCAAAGACAUCGCAGAGAGUUACCAAGUUGACGAAACGACUAUCCUUGCAGACGAUCGGAACAAAUUUCUGGCGAUCCCAGUUGUAGAAGGAAGCACCGUGUUUAUUCCCACAGGAGGUUUGACUGGUCCCCUCCUUUACGGCGAUGAUGGCGAACUCGCCGAUUUCAACGGUACUAACAUUGGCGGAUUUUGGCACAAGCUCCAAGACGGAGAUACGCUCACAACGCUCGCCCGACGCUAUCGUAUCACCGAAGCCAGCAUCACCGAUGAUAUACUUAAUGAACACCUGCAAAAAGCGUCCGAUGGCAUCGACAAUGAUGAGGAUAGCACUAUUGAUGAAUAUGGCGAAAUCCCCCUGCUCUCCGAAAUCCUUGGGUGGGCAACAGAUGGCAUUGAUAACGAUGCCGACGGCUGGACAGACGAAAUUCCAGGGAACGAUACAGAUGGGAUUGAUAACAACAACGAUGGACUGGUCGAUGAAUCCGGCGAGUUUGUCGCCGCGAGCGAAUCACAUAUCUUUAUCCCGAAAGGGGCGAUAACCCUUCUCGAUUUUAACUCCAGUACCCGUUAUAUCAAUGCGGCAAUGCUCGGUGGUACUGCUGUUAUCUUUAUCCAACCCGAAACAACCAUCCGAGGAGAAGCAGAAAAUAAGUUCGGUACCGUCCCUGCUAAUAUACCGCGAUUUUGGAUCUCCAAAGAAGAUGCUGCUGUUCUAACCAAUUUGUUGGAAGAACAACACGCUCAGGGUAAUCAAGUGAAUGUUCGUGUUAGAGGUAAGAUGACUUGGGAACGCCGCGUAGGGCAAAAUAUACGUGGGUUUUUGGAAGGCGGAGACCCAACCUUGCGCGAUGAACUUAUCGUUCUCACAGCUUAUUACGACGCCAUGUCCGUUGUUCCUGCAAUGGCACCGGGUGCUGAUCCAACUUGCGGUAUCGCGACCCUUAUGGAACUUGCGCGCCUUUUUAGUCAGCCCCAAUAUCGACCUGGCUAUUCUGUCCUCUUUGUUGCAGUCGAUGGACACUUCCAAGGACUUGCUGGCAUGCGUGCCUUCAUGGAAGGCAUUGGACAAGAUAUUGUCGGUUCUGCCACCGAUUCACCCGGUACACCAACGAUGCACGGGCUUCGCCGUGGACUCUCUACAGAUGUCAUGGAAUUUGAAGAAUUGGGUAGAAGGCUUCUGCUCUCCAUUGACCGGAGCGUUCUCGUCGAUCUCCCAGCCGAUUUCUUCCACGGUAUACACAACGUAAAGUCUAACUUGGACUCCCUCACAACCACACUGGAUGGCUUGGCAAAAACACGGUCUGAGAUUGAAUCCCUUACGGAGCAACAACGGGACUUUUCAGAACGCCAGAAGAAACAGACAGAUAGAAAUCGAAAACGCGAAAAGCAAGGCUUCACAGGUGAAGAGAAGAGUCGUUUGUUAGCAAAUCUUGCCCGCUCGAAGAAAGAAGCUCUGCAAACGACACAUUUCCUCCGAGAUAUUGUCAGUAGGUUAGCUGAGACUCGUACUGUUGCACUCAACACGAGCCGAUCCGCGCAGCGCGAAUUAAUAGAAACGCUUGGGCUACCGACUGCCCGUCUUGACACAUGGGCGGUAAAGAAACUUAUUCACGCUAUAGAGAUCGGCAGUGCCGAUGAAUAUGGCACGCACCCAAAUGAUGGCUACCUGGUUCCGGUGCAACAGGGUUCAGACUGGCAAAUCCCAACACCGGCAGACCUUCCACAAGAACUCGUUCCUGAUAUCGAGAUACUUAACAAAACCCUUGCCGACUGGGAGCUGAGCGACAAACGCAAAUUUGCGCUGAUGUGGACUCCUGAGAAAAUACUCGAUCGGCACCUCGAUCUACACUCACUCAAUAAAGCGAAAGAAGCACGCAGUGUUUUACGCAAUGCCAACGACUCCCAAGAAGUUGCGAUUCAGCAAGAGAUCCAGCUACUUGAAAAGGUUCUGGUACAAAUACCUGACAGCCAACCCAUUGAAGAUGAGAUUAAAGGCAGCAUUCGGCAACUCAAGGAAGCACCGAUGGGGACACCGAGCGGUGAUUCUCUGAUUUAUGGUGGUAAGUUUUUGUCGAAAGCCGGGAUUGAAAGCCUCAAUACUAUCAACACCCAACUUCGACAGCGAUUAACGGAAUCUGAAGACACUGUUGAUGCUACUAUAUUGAUAGCAGAUCUUCUCAAAGACAAACAAGGUAUCUUUGAAAUUGCACUUCGGAACGCUCGAUUGGAACGAAGGCGUAUCCAGAACUUGAUCACAACAGCCGGAACGUUAGGACGGGAAUACUUGGAUGAAGAACGCCUCAUUUUGGAAAAUUACCUAUCGGAUGAUGAAGUCGAACAGGCACUUUCGUUACGGUCCCGCAUCUCAUCAUACAUUAUCGAAAAAGAACUGUUCGGGAUCGUCAAAAAGCGUGCGGACACAGAUAUCGUAGUACUCGAAAACCUCGCUGAACGGUUACCCGCAUUAGAUACCGAUUUGGAUGAAGAGACUAAAGUACUCCUACGCGAUAACAUGUUGACCCUCCGCAACGCACGUUUUCGUAACAUCCAGAGCCGUAUUGAAAAGAUGUUGCGCAUUAACACCGAUGAAUACAACCGAAAACUCAGACAGAUCGAGGCAGCUAUCGCACUUCAAGACCUGUUCAACCGGUAUUAUACCUCCCUCUAUAUUAGUAUUGACCUCUCCUCACAAUCGAAUCAGUUCGGGGUGUUCAACAAGGGAUGGUUCUACGAUCAGCAACCCGAAUUUGUAUUACGCCGCGAGUUUGCAAGCAUCGGCAAUAAGCUUGCCUCUUACGCUGAAGAUGCUGAUUUCGGUGUCCGCGUCCGUAAACUUUGGCAGUGGACAGAUGACCAAAUUCGGCAAGCCGUUAUGGCACGUCAAUGGACGGUUGCAAAUGGGAUCUCUGAUAAAUCUGCCCUUGAAGGAAAGACGCUUGAAACGCUACUGAGUUCGCACUUCAACAAACUCACCGGUCUCAGUGGGGUGAGCCGACUGAUGAAAAUGCAGUUUGAACAGUGGCGCAAUCAAGGUGAACCCUCCGAGGAUAUGCUCAAAGAUAUGGAUUACAUCCGCAAAGAGGUCGAGCGCUUCAUCCGAAACGAUGUCCGCACCGCAAAGAAAAAUCGAAAGAAUAAUAUUCGUACACGUGAGCAGCUGGACGCAAUGCUCCAACUUCGACCUGAAGAUCCGGACACCUUCUCCGAUGAAGAAAUUGAGGAUAUCAAAACUCUUAUUUCAAUCGCAGGCCUCGGUGGAGAGUCAAACUUCGUUAACGCCAUUUCCGCAAGCGGCGGAAAGACCUGGAAAACCUAUAUCCCCGGUAAAAUCGCUUUUGACAGUGAGGUUGUAACGCUUGUCGGAAAAACUGGAAUUGCUUUUGCAACUAUCGAGGACGCACGCGUCUUAACGGACACACCACUUGAUACAAUUGAACGUGUUGACUUACGAGAAGGAGGCAAUCUCCAUCAGCAAGCACAGACAUUGGCAUCGUUACUUAUCCAAGCACUCCGGGACGAAGAAAUGCCCACCGCCGCACGUGUGGGGAAUUUCUACUGCAAUCUCUUUGGGGAUGUCGUUGAAUUUGACGCACGGGAAUCCGCACUACCGAACAAACCGGUGCCUUAUCCUAUCUUGACGCUCCGUAGGAAACAUAAAACUAUGAUGGGUGUUCGCGGAGACCUGUUUGUGAUGGGUGAUAACAAAGGCAACUUUGAGGUGGCUGGGUUAGCUAUGGAAGGCAGAGCCACACGCCGUCUCGGUGGUGCCCAGGAAGUGGAAGCAUACAUCCUUGACAAGGAUUCAGGGGACAUCGUCUAUGCCCCAGAUUUAGGGAAUUACGGUGCGAAACUACUGCCCAAUAAAGUUCCUAUUAAUACCCGCAGGCGUGGUUGUCGUGUUGUUACAUUCCCUUGUGUGUCUACAACCAUCUAUGACUUGGUGGACCAGCGGUAUCUACGGACCUUGCGGGAACUCGAAGUCUACGACGCACUCACCGAUAGCCCGCCGGAGAAGUACGGGAUGUCCAAACCGUGGCAGCAGGAAGGCGUCUCUGCAGCCGAACCGAUAGCUCUUGUCUAUAGCAAACCGAAUACUCGCAUCAAAAUCGGAAUGGCUUACGGACAGAUCGGCAAACGUCUCCUACUCAUCAAAGCAACUAAGAGCGGUAUGAAGAACCCUACGCUCUAUACCGGCGAAGGGUUUGUUGUCCGCGAAAACGGGCAGAUUCGCCUCACGCCGUACGUCGUUGUCCGGGAUAUGUGGUGGCUUGAUGAGAACCGCUCACGACUUUAUAAACGGUUUGGUAUCUCCAGUGACCGACUUGACAAACUCCAUCAAUUUGCGCAUGAUUAUCUUGCACGCGCGGAGACUGAAUUACUCCAAAGCGACUAUCAACAAGCCCUCAAACUCGCCCGUGCCGCGUGGGGCUACGAAUCACGUGCAUACCCGGAUGUCAAACAGACGGGUAAUGAUGUCGUUAACGGUGUAAUGUUCUAUCUCGCCUUGCUGAUGCCGUUCGCGUACUUUAUGGAACGGCUCAUUUUCGGCUUCCCGAGUAUCCACAAGCAGAUUUUGGGCUCAUUCGGCAUCUUUUUACUUGUAUUCUUCUUCCUAAGCCAAGUUCACCCCGCAUUCCAGAUUACUACCACACCUGUGAUUAUCCUGAUCGCGUUCGUAGUGCUUGCCUUGACGGUCCUUGUCAUCAGCAUCAUUGUCCGAAAAUUUGAGGAGCAACUCGAAAAGAUCCGGCAAGAAGGAAGUAAAGUUUAUAAAGCCGAUGUCGGCAGGUUGAGUGCGAGUGCAGCGGCGUUCAGCUUGGGUAUUUCCAACAUGCGGAAACGGAAAGGUCGUACUGUCCUGACAUGUUGCACGUUGGUAAUCCUGACCUUUACUGUUAUCUCGUUUACUUCUGUGCGGACGUUUAUGCAUCCGAAUAGAACGAGUCUUCCGCAAGUGACACCGCGCUACACCGGACUCCUUAUUCGCGACCAGUACUGGCGCCCGCUUGAGGAACCGGUGCUUACCUCCGUGCUAAACGACCUGCAAAAGACGCAGAUCACAUUCACCGCUUUAGAACGACUUUUGCAACGUAAGAACGAACUCUUAGUCAAGCAAGGGCAACAACCGAUUGAUAUCGCAGACGCACGCAGCGCUUUAGAAGAGGACGGCUUCAUUGAGCAUGUAGACGAAGAAUCCGUUUUGAUCGUUCGGAAUGUCGUUGCACCGCGCGCAUGGUAUCAAUCCUCAGGGACUGGCGAUCAAUCGUUUGUCCAACUCACACGUACGCCAAACGUAGCAGAUUCAUCGCCUCCGACGCACCAACUCACGGGUGAAGCGUUGACUUUCGCCGCAAGCAUGCUCGUGGGCAUGAACGAAUCCGAACCCAGUGUUAGUGGUAUCAACCGAUACCUCCAAUACGGAAAAUGGUUCGACCCUGUAGAUGCCGACGAAUGGCCAACAGCGUGGCCCUACGCCAUUGUGCUGCCUAAAGGGAUGGCAGAGUUGCUAAAGAUCACUGAAAGCGAUAUGGGUAAAGCCACCGUCUCUGUUUACGGCGCAGACUUUACUGUUGUCGGUGUCCUCGGUAUCGGCUUCAAGGACCUCACUGAUAACGAUGGUGAAGAACUUACACCUGUCGAUUAUCAGUUAAUGCAACAGCAGCGGAGCCGCGGUGCCACUGGUGAUGAGACGCUUGAAGGUGAAUUACAGAAGUACCUCCAUCUCACGCCAGACAGUGUCGCCAUCCUGCCAUACCAGGUAGUUAUGAAUCAAGGGGGCACACUCCGAAGCGUUGCUGUUAACAUGGAACCGCGAGAAGAUGAUCCGAAGUUGUUAGAUGCAACAGAUAAGUUAGACCUUAUCAUGGCACCGCUCAUGAACCGCAUUGCCCUUGACUUCUUUGUGGGACGUGAUAAAGACACAUACCUCUACAGCAGUAUCGGAAUGACGAGUUUCAGCGGUAUGGGUAACUUGUUUGUGCCGAUCCUGAUUGCGGCUCUCAUCGUCCUUAAUACCAUGCUUGGAGCCGUCUAUGAGCGUGUCCGUGAAAUCAGCAUUUACAGUUCCGUCGGACUCGCGCCUGUGCAUAUCGCCUUCCUCUUCCUUGCCGAGGCAUGUGUAUACGCCAUCGUUGGAGCGGUAUUAGGCUAUCUCAUGGGACAAGCGAUAGCAACAACCCUCGUGCAUUUCGGCUGGCUUGCUGGGCUGACGCUCAACUACUCAUCAAUGUCCACUGUUGUUGCGACGAUCAUCGUUAUGGUUGUAGUGCUGUUGAGCACCCUGUAUCCAGCGAUCAAAGCUUCACGGAUGGCAGUGCCCGAUAUCGAACGGAAAUGGAAACUUCCAGAACCCGAAGGUGACGUAUGGCACUUCAACCUGCCCUUUACCGUCCUUGAAGAAGAGGUACUCGGGUUGAACGUCUUUAUGCGGGAUUAUUUUGACGCACAUGCAGACGAAUCCGCCAGUGAUUUCUACACAGACCAGGUUGCGUUCAGCCAAGCGGAAACCGAAGAUUCCUAUCAAAUUGGGAUGAUGGUAUGGCUGGCACCUUAUGACUUAGGUGUGAGCCAGUCUAUUCAGUUCGUUACAUCCCAAGUGGGUAGUGAAGAGGAAGACCUCUACAAAAUCACGUUGGAUGUGCACCGCGAGAGCGGUGAGAUUGCCUCUUGGAAGCGGGUCAACCGACGGUUCCUCAACCUGCUGCGGAAACAACUUCUGAUUUGGCGGACAUUCAGUGUCGAUAUCCGAGCCGAGUUCCAUGAACGCGGCAGAACUGAAGGCACAGGUGGAUCGGCAGAAGGAACAGCACAGAUGGAUCCAGUACCGACACCCGCGGAUUAA